AGGCACUAGUGAAAUAUAUUGCAAAAUAAGCCAUCCAACAUACUUUGAUCAUGACUAUCGUCGUACCAGAAAGCUUUGCUGGCAUGUCUCUGACAAGAUGGUCUCUAGUCGGAAUGACUGCUCUAGUCACAGGUGGUACACGUGGAAUCGGCUAUGCUGUGGUGGAAGAACUGGCGGAGUUAGGGGCGGUGGUGCACACUUGCUCCCGGAACGAGUCUGAACUUAAUCAACGGUUACAAGAAUGGUCUGUCAAGGGUUUCAUCGUCACCGGAUCUGUCUGUGACGUAGCUUCUCGUCCCCAACGUGAACAACUUAUGGAAAAAGUCUCCUCACUUUUCAGUGGCAAGCUCAACAUCCUAAUAAACAAUGUUGGGAUGAACUACCCAAAACCUACAACAGAGUAUACUGCUGAAGACUAUUCGAUGAUCAUGGCUACCAAUUUGGAAUCUGGUUUCCAUAUUUCUCAACUUGCACAUCCUUUUUUGAAGGCUUCUGGAGUUGGAAACAUUGUGUUCAUUUCUUCAGUUGCUGGUCUUGUUCAUGCUAGUGUUGGGUCGACCUACAGUAUCACAAAAGGUGCAAUAAAUCAACUUACAAAGAAUUUAGCAUGCGAAUGGGCUGGAGACAAGAUUCGAACUAAUUCCGUAGCACCAUGGUUCGUUAAGACCUCUCUUAUUGAACAACUUAUAAGUAUGGAGGUUUUGGAAGAAAAGAAGUUUACGAGUGAUGUGGAAUCUAGAACUCCUAUGAAACGUUUUGGAGAAGCCAAUGAAGUUUCGUCUUUGGUGGCCUUUCUUUGCCUGCCAGCUGCUUCUUACAUCAUUGGUCAAACGAUUGCUGUUGAUGGAGGAUUUACGAUCAACGGUUUCCCCUGACUACAAACAAAUAACACAAUACUUGUCAAUUCAAGUGUGUUUUUAUGCUACUCGUGUUGUUUCAAAAUUCACUGUAAAUUAAAUGAAGACGUAUUAUUAUUUUAUGUAAUUCGUGUUGGUAUUCUAUUAUGGUCAGUAAAGGAAUGUGGAAUUUUAGGAGAAUAGCUGAUGCUUAUUUGAGUGCGGUUUUGGGAUA